UAGACCGACCGAGAAAGAAACUGAAGCUCCAACAAAAGGAGAAAGAGCGCGUGUGUGUUUACAACUUACAUCCAUUCACUCACUAACCCAAGAAACUAGCUCCGUAAACUCGGUGUGAUGUGCAACAACAAUACUCCUUCUUCGGAUAUUCAAACAAGCUCCAUUAUGAAGAGGACACGAAAACCGACUAUAAGAUUUUCUUCUUCUUCCUCAUCCUCUUCUCUCAAACCGCUGCGGCGGAGGAACAGGACCAAAACCAGAAAGCCCAAGUUCGUCAGUCUCCGUCUUAAACUAUCUCAGCCCAAAAAGAUGGCCCAGCCCAAGGCCCAACAGCAGCAGCUGAAUCUCUUUCCUCUCCACCCGGAGGACAAGGACAUGCACGAGGAGAACAACGUGGCCCUGCUGUUCAGCUCCGACGGGGGCGCCACGCUCACCGGGCUGCUGGAGGACGAGUCGACCACGACGACAGCGACCGCCACGUCGGAGGAGGGGUCGCUGUCGCCGAUGACGUGUCCGGCGGUGGACGGGAACUGGUUGGUGAGGAAGGCGAUGAGGAAGAGGGAGAGGGAGAGUGAAGAACGGUGGGUGUGUUACUCGGAGGUGGUGGAGGAGAAGAAGGAGACGAUGGAGGAGGUGACUAGUUAUUGUGAUACUUUGGCUGGUGCGGGCACAACGACGUCGUUUGGCUUGUUGUCCUUGAAGUUGGAUCACGAGGGGAUAUUGAAUGCUUGGUCUGAUAAAGGUUCUCUAUACGUCGCAGACGAGGAGGCCCCACAGGCUGUCCCUGACUUGCUCAAUGGUCUCCCUCUUCAUAAUGCCCUUGUUCCCAAUGUUGCAUGGGACAGUUGGGGGAGUGAAGCUGGGAACAUAUGGAAAGUUCCAGAAGAUUGUGGAGCGAACAAGAUGGUGAAGGAAGAAACGGGGGGUUGGAAGGUGGGGCAGAGAGAGGCAAGUGUGCAGAGAUACAAGGAGAAGAGGCAAAGCAGGCUAUUCUCCAAGAGGAUCCGCUACGAAGUUCGAAAGCUCAACGCCGAGAAGCGGCCCAGAAUGAAGGGACGAUUUGUGAAGAGGGAAUGAGAAGUGUAGACAGUAACAGGCACUUUUCCUAAUAAGAAUGUUGUCAUCAUACUACAGCGUUGAAAUUGAAGUUUUCGUGUCUUCUGUGUUUGGUCGAGCUGGGAAGCUUUCUUGAUAGAAAUGUUGUAGAUGUAAUUAUGCCAUGUAAAAUUCCCAGUGGUACUAAAUAAUAUGAAGUCCCGGGAAAGUCUAUGUUCAACUACCGUACUGGCGCAACAUGUAAUUGACAGUUUCUAGACCUUUGAUUGAAACGAGUUUGACAAUGUUCUACAUGUUCUUUAUCUCAAUCCAAGGCUUUAGAAACAGUCAAGCAUGUUGUAUAAGUACAACAACCAAAUGUAUAUGUUGCUCUGAAGACUUGUACAAGGUCUCACGAAAUAAAAAAAUUGAAACAUCAAACGAAGCUUAUAAUAUUUGGGGGAGUGGGAAUUGAACCUGGGUCAGAUCAACACUGUGGAGUACUCUUGGAAGAAGUGUGUUGUGUGACUACA